AUGACCCUCCUAGGUCAGGUCUUCUCUUUCACGUUUGCUUUUGUACUGGGACCUGGCGUUGUCUCAGGCAUCGAUAUGUCACAGCAGGACAUGGAUGCCUGGACAAAUUCACAAGGAGGUUCUGGUUCCGGUGCUUUGCUUGUCCAGGCCUACUCUCCGCUAGGCGAUUUUGGACAAUGUUGUGCAGUCAUUGCAGUUCUAGGAGGUAUCGGCAAUAUGAUUCCCCCCCACCUAUUCGUCUGGGGUCGACUUUCAACGACUUGA